CUUCACUCGUAGACAUCGAUAGGAUUAUACGCAGCUCUUCAAAUUCAGACAACAACGACGCUUCUUCCUCGCAGACGAUGAGGACGCCGCCGGAAGCAGGCCCUUCCCGCCUUACAGCUCCUAUCGCCGGAGACGGUGCUGCGUCGCCCCUGACUUCAGGCGCCGAGUUGCUGCCCAAGUCCUGACGACAGACGCUGCCGGAAGACCAGCACGACUGGGUGGGCCGUGCGCUUUUUGUCCGAGGUCCCAAGGGGAAAGCGGUUCUCAAAUCCAGGCUGCAGCUAUGGUGGCAUCCUCCUCAGAAGUUGCCGUAUUACACGCAGCCCCCUGCCUCGUCCGCUGUGUUUUUCCACUCGCGCUUUUUCCUGUGGUGCCCGUACAAGCUAUGGGUCUGCAAGCUCGAGUGCCCAAAAUGCAAGCACAAGCUGACGGGUUGCGGACUGUACAAGACCCUGAGAAAGGUCUUGGACUUCAGUAACUGGUACUACAUGGCCACAGAGUACCUGGAGUGCCACGCGUGCCACAAGAAGUAUGCCGCAUGGGCCAGCAACAUCGUCGGGCAGCUGAGCACGGCAAAACAGGCGGAGUUCCCGGCGAUCCUCACCUACAAGUUAUCUUGUGACAAGAAGGUCAUAUGGCAGAUGCAGGCUCGCACGCAGGGUAACAGUGCCACUCGGCUUCGCUCCCUCUUGGUAGCGGAGCACUCGCGAGAGUGGCAGACUCGGGCCCUCGGCUACCUGGAGGUGAUGGCUCGCUUUCGCUCCGUCGGCUCCUUCCCGCUGCCGAGGGCCUGUAUCCCGCCCAUGCGCCCGCUACCGAGCGUUUCAUGGCUGCUGUCAGUGUACGUGAGGGAGGUUCUUCCUCGUAUGGAGCACACGAAGGCCAGGAUUACGUCCACAUUCGGAAGUAUCCUGAAAAUGGACUCCACCAAGAAGAUGACCAAGAAGCUGGCAGGUGAAGCCGCGGGAACGGCUGCCUGGGUCACCAACGUCGGCAACGAGCUGGGCCAGGUGCUCAUGUCGGUGCUGACGGCAGCAGAGGGGGACGGUCUGCUGGCCAUGGCCCAGGGACUCAUGCGCCGUUACCGGGAGGCCGGGCGAGACCCUCCUCACGUGCUCUACGUGAACCGUGGCUGCUGCUCCGCCGCCGGACAGCCUAAGGUUGCGACUAUGUUCGGCGAGUGGGACCGGCUGGACGUGCGCCUGGACGCGUGGCACCUCAUGCGCCGCUUUGCCAGGGGCGUUUCCACAGAGGCCCACACUCUGUAUGGCGAAUUCAUGAAUAGACUCUCGUUUGCCAUGUUUGAGUGGGACGAGGGGGACGUGAGGCGUCUGAGUGAGGCUAAGCAGGCGGAGCAUGGCGGGAAUGUCCACAUCGAGCUGUCGACCAAGGAGCUGCACCGUCACUGCCGCCGGCGCACCAGAGGAGCGGAGGAGACCACGCGUCUUGUCCAGGAGGUGCUGGAUCACCUGUGGGAUGCCAAAAACACCUUGGGCGUCAAGCUGUUUGACCAAGACAGGAUGAAGGAGAUCUGGAGCACUCAGCGACGCCACUUGGGCUGCAUCCAGGACCCGCCUGGCGUGGCGCUUUAUACCAGGACUUCAACGGUGACCAGAGGAGGGGUGGCUCUUCCCGUCUUUCGCUGUGCACGGGGCUCCACUUCUCUGGAGAGGUUCCAUCUGCACUUGUGUCGUUUCAUUCCAGGUACGUCGGCCAACGCCCUCCAUUUCCAGGUUUACCUCCUGGAGGGUCUGUUUAGGUGGAACGAGGACCGAGGAAGAGCGGCGGUGAAAGGGACCGAUGCUGUCACGGUGCAGUGUUACGACGCCCGCCUGCAAGACGCCCUAGCACAGCUGACACAAGAGCUCAUGGGUCUCACCUUGUUUGACAAUUACACCCCGGCGAGCAAGUACACAGGAGAGCUUAUUGGUAUCCAGUACCUGUAUGCCCAGACUGGCGCCGUGCUGCAGUCCCACGCCGUGGAUGAUCCGGACCGGCCCCACUCAGCUGACCUGAAAGACCAGGAGGACGAAGACCAAUUCGAGAAUUAUGAGGGUUACAAUGACGCCCCAGUGGGAAUCGAGCAGUAUCCAGGUGACCGCGAUUCCUUCAUGACUCGGCCUCCCGAUGAUGAGCCGGCAGAAGAGAAAGAAGAAGAAGAUGUGUUAGGUCCAGACGGGCACGGCGGAUACCAGCAUGUCUGUCGCUUGGCCACCGCCCUUGUUGCGCUGCGGCGCCAAAUGUUUGUGCAGCCCCGGCAGGAGAGGGAGAUUAUCAAACUUUGGCAAAAGCUGACAGACGGAGACAAAGCUCCUCUCAGCCUUCCCCCCCGCAACACUCCCAAGCUGAACAAGGGACGCUUUAAGGUCUCCAGGCAGCAACACUUGGAAGGGGUGGCCAGUGUAAAACGUUUGUACAUCGGGCGGGGCGCCGAGGUUGCACACUCUCCGGACAGCAGCAGGUUGAUGGAGGCCAUCUUUAUUCAGCUGUCGAGCCACCACAGCCAAGAGCACAGCAUUUCGGGGUUGCGGCAGAGACGAUGGUCGCUAAUAAUGCGGGACUACACUCGCAUUCGCGAGAACCUGUCCAGCAACCGAGCCAUCAAAGUUGCUGGCUGCAGCAUUCGCCUCAUGGAGGUCAACCACUGCACGCUCACUCAAUGGUUCAACAAGAGGUGUAAGGACAUGCCGAUGUUGUUGCGACAGUGCCAGCACAAAGUGCAGCAGCGACGACGACACAGUCCCUUCCUGGAUGCAGCCAGGGAACUGAUGGAAGACGUCACACAACCACAUGAUGCCCACAAUUAUCAGCACCCAGGUGACAGCUCUGGUCUGGCUUGCACACGGAGGGGGCCUGUGGUGCCAGAGCUCUACCGUGCUGUUGCUGCUGCUGCUGCUCCUGUUCCAUCCGCUGCUGCUCCUCCCUCCUCUGCUUCUGCUGCUCCUCCUGCUCUAUCCGUCGCUGAUGCUGCUGCUGCUGCUGCUCCUGUUCCAUCCGCUGCUGCUCCUCCUUCCUCUGCUGCUGCUGCUCCUCCUGCUCCAUCUGUCGCUGCUGCUGCUGCUGCUGCUGCUCCUGUUCUAUUCGCUGCUGCUCCUGCUCCAUCCGCCGCUGCUGCUGCCGCCACAUCGGGCUCCACCACUAGGAUACCACGCUCAACAGCCUGGUAUAGGAAAAAGAAGGCACUUAGUCGAGGUGGUAUUUUGGACCCCCCCUCCGCCCAAGCGACUUUCAAGUGCAAACUCUGUGGGCAACCAAAGAAUAAGGAGCAUGGCCACAGUCGCUACAGAAACGAGACCUUUUGCGCACGUUCGCAGGGGCGUUCGGUGGAGGAGUGGCUGGCUGAGAAGAGGAGACAGGACACCCAAAGACAGAGGCAAACCCAGCACACGAGAGCAACCCAGCCACUUGCUUUUCCUGUGCCCAACCCACACACCCCUGUACUCAACCCACACGCUCAUUCAACGAUGCUGCUGCGGAAGAUUUUGCCAAAGCCACCUCCGUAGCCAUAAUUGGCCCUCUGAUUUUUGUAUUUUCCCUUUUCUAGUGCUGUAAAUACUCUGUAACUACUUUGUAUAUAACUUUUUGCAUUAUAUAGUUUUGUAUUAUGUUGUAUAUUGUGUAUUGUCUUAUAUGUUGACGUGGAAA